CGGCGGUGGAACCAUGUGGAAGUCGUCGCGUUGACGUCGUAGAUGAACGUGCUGUAGAUUUUACAGUUAUUAUGGGUGUAUUUUGUUGGGUAGCAUACAGAUAGUGUAGCGUUAGUUGAUGUUUUUAAUGUUGACGAAGUUAGCGUGCUCUUCGUCUCGCUGAAUAAUAAUGGGGAAAUCAAAGACAAAGAACCAGAAGAAAGCCCGACUAACAGCUAACCAUGUGGCCGAGGAGACGUAUGGGUCCAUCCCGCACUCCUUCGUGUUUCACCGGGGUCAGGUUGGGAAAAACGUGGGUCAGCUCAUCGUGGACAUGCGGAGGGUCAUGGAGCCUUUCACUGCAGAGUCUCUGAAGGUCAGGAAAAAGAACGUGCUGAAAGACUUUGUGGCCAUCGCAGGACCACUGGGAGUGACACACUUCAUGAUCUUCAGCAAGACUCCCAGCUCUAUCAACAUGAGACUUGCUCGACUUCCCAAAGGUCCCACACUUCAUUUCAGGGUACUCAAGUACUGUCUUGUCAAAGAUGUAGUUUCAUCUCUGAAGAAACACAGGAUGCACGAGCAGCAGUUCACACAUCAUCCGCUACUCAUCCUUAAUAACUUUGGAUCUGAUGGCAUGCAUAUUAAACUCAUGGCAACCAUGUUUCAGAACAUGUUUCCUUCCAUUAAUGUGCACAAGGUGAGCCUCAACAACAUCAAGAGGUGUGUGCUGCUGAAUUACAACCCAGAGACCCAGGAGAUUGAAUUCCGGCACUACAGCCUGAAGGUCGUCCCUGUGGGCAUGAGCCGCGGAGUCAAGAAGCUGAUGCAGGAGAAAUUCCCCAACAUGAGCAAGUUUGAGGAUAUCAGCGAGCUGAUGAUGAAGGGGGCGAACCUUUCAGAGAGUGAAGCAGAGCAGGACGGGGAGCACAACAUAACUGAGCUACCACAGGUCUACUCUGGCCGAGGCAACAUGGCGUCCCAGCAGAGUGCUGUCCGUUUGACCGAGAUUGGUCCUCGCAUGACUCUGCAGCUGAUGAAGAUCCAGGAAGGCAUGGGAGAGGGGAACGUCAUUUACCACACCAUGAUCUCCAAGACCGGGAAAAAGAGCCUGGAAGGCAUUAAAAGGAAACGUGCUGAAGCUGAGGCUGAAGAGGACAGUGAGGUGGAGGAUCCUGGCGCACAGGAUGAUCAGGCAGCUGCUGUUGAAUCUGAUGAUGAGGUGGAGUACUACAGACAGGCUGUAGGAGAGGAGCCAGAUGAAGACAUGUUCCCCAGUGCCAAGAAGAGGCACGGCUCAGACAGAAAUCACGGACCUGCCAAGAAAAGAAAGCUGUCACCUGGUAAAUCAUUUAAAAAAGACAGAGAUGCUAAGUCACCCAAGAGAAACAGUCCAGGAGGACAGCACAGAGACAAAACAGGAAAAGGAUGGAAGAAAUCAGGGGAUGGGGAGAAACCAUUUGGAAAGAAAAUGAAACCUGGAGGAAAGGCGUUUGGAGCAAAUAAAUCUGGUGAUCGGGAGAAGAAAUUUGGUGGAAAGAAGAAAUUCGAAGGGAACAAAACAUUUGGUGGAAAGAAGAAAUUCGAAGGGAACAAAACGUUUGGCGGAAAGAAAAAUAAGGACAAAUCUUUCCAAUCUAAAGGUCCGAAGGGCAGUCAGGCCUUCAAGAAGAAAGGUGCGGGAGCAAAGCAAGGCUUCAAACAGAGGAAGGGAAAAGGCUGUCCUUCAGCUGAAAGCAAGAUGAAGCCCCCAUUCACCUGUGAGAAGUUUCAAAUAGCCCUGCUGCCCUCAAUGUAUGGAGUUGAGUUCGUCCUGGCCCUGGCAGGAAACCUGUUUGCCCUGUGGCUGCUUGUGGUCAGAGAGAGAAGAAACUGGCACACAGGGGUUGUCCUGUCUUGUAACCUGGCCAUAAGUGACCUGCUGUAUGUCCUGACCCUGCCUUUGCUGAUUGUCUACUACUCACUGGAGAAACACUGGGUGUUUGGUGACGCCAUGUGCAAAAUUGAGAGGUUCCUUUUCACCUGCAACCUGUAUGUGAGCAUCUUCUUCAUCAUGGCGAUAAGCGUGAACCGAUGUGUGGCCCUCGCGUGUCCCUUCUUCACCCGAUCCUAUGUGAAGCCUGCCCACGCCAAGGCCGUCAGUGUCAUCAUCUGGAUCAUCGUAGGAGUCAUUUCCUGCCCUGUGUUGAAAUUUGCUUCAGUUUGCCCUGACAUGAACAAUACCAAGACUCUGUGUGUGUCGGUCUGUCACACAGCUCAUGGGGAUGAGAACACUCACUUAACUUACAAAUUGUUUCUUGCUGUGUUUGGGUGUCUUGUUCCUUUCCUGGUUACUUUGGUGGCUUACUGUGUGGUGAUUUCGGUGGUGUGGAAAAAUGCCAGUAUAACCCCACUGGAGAAACGCAAGGUUGCCCUGUUGGUCUCAUCAGUGCUCGUGCUGUAUGCCAUUUCCUUUGUGCCUUACCACAUUUUCCAGAGCUAUGACUUCUAUCGGAGAAUCGCCGAUCGCGACAAUACCUGUACCGUCUACCGUAUGUACCAGAUUUCAAAGGGACUGGCAACCCUGAACAUGUGUAUCCAUCCAAUCCUUUACAUGGCUUUGUUUGACAGUAUAAGAGUAGCUUGUUGUGGGAAGAGCCCAGAGGACAACAACAGGGGCUCACUGAGGAAGUAGAGCUGCUGCUUGUCAGCUUUCCUUUGAGGAUCAUCAUUAUUUCAUGCUGUAAAACUUUGGCUAAUUUCAACUCUCUAGUUUGUUUUUUUUUCUUGUCGUGUCUUGACUUGUUUUGCUUUAUUUCUGAAAGUUAUUGUUCUACUAACUUUGAAACAUUAUCAU